AAUUAGUAGUAUUUGGCUACCUUGAUCAAAAUGAAACUUCUCCUAGCUUCUGUUCUAUUAGUCGCUUUUUUGUCUCUCAGCGAGGCGAAAAUUUUCGGUAAAUGUGAAUUUGCCAACACCAUAAGGGGCUUUGGUUUCCCUGAGGGUGAAAUUUCGACCUGGGUAUGUAUUGCCAACUACGAAUCUGCUUUCAACACUGAUGCCACUAAUACCGUGACUGGUGACCAUGGAAUUUUCCAAAUAAGCCAAAUUUACUGGUGCUCUACUGGUGACAGUCCCGGAGGUGGAUGCAACAAAAGAUGCGCUGAUUUCCACGACGAUGACAUUAGCGACGAUGCUGUCUGCGUUAGGGUGAUCUUUAAUGAAUUCGUGGGUAUGACUGGAAAUGGUUUCGAUGCUUGGACUACAUACGCAGCAUACUGUAACGGAGAUAACUCUGGAUGGCUGGAUGGCUGUUAAAGUUUAAAUAAAUUUUCUAUAGAAAAAACUCCCUAAAA